ACUUGCCAGCAGCACUUGGCGGUCGCUGCGGAGCGGGACUGAAGAGACACAGAGAGGACCCGAGGACCGCAGACAUGAAGCUGUGUCGCACUUUUCUAGAAAAUGAGUUCCGGGGCGAGCUGGUGAACCAGCGGUGGACACGAGGCGAGAGGACCAGCAGCCGCUGCCAGGCCUCCCAGAGACUGCAGAGCCGUCGACCAAUCAUGAUGAGUGUGGAGGGGGACGACAAGCGAACUCGCACUCGGUCCAAGGGAAUCAGAGUUCCUAUUGAGCUCGCAGGACAAGAGCUGAGCUGCCCCACCCCUGGAUGCAAUGGCUCUGGCCAUAUCAGUGGGAGAUACUCACGACACAGAAGCAUUCUGGGUUGCCCCAUAGCCCGAAAGCGCCGUCUCGAGGAAGCAGAGCAGGAGCAAGAGCAGGACACAGAGCUGCCUGCCUCCAAGAGGAGGUCCAACCCCCUGAAACUGGCCCUGGACGAGGGCUUCAGUGCAGAGAGUGACAGCAACAGCGAGGCUGAGGGCGAGGGAGAGAAGGAUGGAGAGAAAGCAGGAGAGACUAAGGAGGUGGAGGAGGAGGAGGAGGAGCAGGAGAGGGAGGUAGCUGUAGAGAAGGGGGAGGAGGAGGAGGAGGAGGAGGAGGAUGAGGAGGAGGAGGAGAGAGAGGAGAUGACAGAAGACCUGAUGCAAGAUGGACAAACAAAUGGUCAGGAGGAGGAGACACAGAUGGAGGAGGUAGAUGAGAGGGAAGAAGAAGAGACAUAUCAUAAGGAGGAGAACACAUCUGCAGCUGAUGAAGAGGAGUGUGUGAUCAUCGAGCCUGAGCUCGGAGCAGCGCCACCUGCGACCGAGGAGUGUCAGUCUCCCUCUCAGAGAGCAGAAGAGGUGGCCAACUCUCUACUUCACCUUGGCCGAAUCUCCGACAACAAUGCUCCAACUGUGGUCAUUCAGCAGCCCGUUGCCUUGGAGACUGAGGAGGAUGUCGCCGUGGCAGCUGAGCGGGGAGAAGAAGUAAAGGAUGAGCAUGAGGGGGAAGAGGAGGAGGCACACAAAGUUCAAGUAUUGGAGGAGUCAUCUGUUCUGCAGAAGGAGGCAGCUGAAGUGGAGCUAGAGGAGUUGGAUGAUGAGGCAGAAGAUGAGAAAGACAGGAGCAACCACUUGAGCCAGGAGAGCCACCAAUAUGUGACCGAAGACAUCCAGCAUGAACAGAUCAAAGAUCAGGAGGAGGAGGAGGAGGAGGAGGAGGAGGAAGAGAUGGCGGCGCCAGCACAGCUAAGGCAGGGCACUCCGGCAGCAGAAGAAGAGGAGGAGGAUGAGGAGAAAGAUGAAGAGGAGCACCAUAGGGAGGUGAACCACACUUUGCCCAUUCCUGAUGUGCCAACUGCCAUCCGCACCAUCACCAGCACUGCAGCAGCUCAGGGAACACACGUGGAGGCUGAAGAUCACAGGGCCAGUCCUCUGGAGGACUACAACUCACACAGGGCGAGUCCCCUCGAAAUCUACAACUCCAACUGUGCACAUGACAAAUAUGACUCUCACAAACCUAGCCCGCUUCAAAACUACAAGGCGAGCCCUCCUUUAAGCUACAGCUCGCACAGGGCCAGUCCACUGGAGGACUACUUUCCCAACCUUAGAGGUGAGAACUAUAAAAUCCACAAAGCCACGUCCUCUGUUUCCCCUGACAUCAUCGAGGUGCGAUCGGACAGGUCAGAGAGAGACUUUGAUGAUGUGGACGGGGACGACGAGCGCGACGACGAAGACAGCCUGUCGCAGCGCUCCACGGUGACGGAUGAGUCGGAAAUGUUUGACAUAACCCGAGGGAACCUGGGCCUCCUGGAGCAGGCCAUCGCCCUGAAGGCAGAGCAGGUGAAGCCGGCCGGGCCCAGAGAGCUGCUCCGUGCCCCAGAUAUCCACCACCAGCGAUACUUCACCAUGGAUGACAGGCCCAAGCACCUGGACAUCAUCCGCAAGAGCUACUUCAGCAAAGAGAGCAGUAGGCCGGAGAAGAGAGAGAUCAAGUGUCCCACCCCGGGGUGUGAUGGGACGGGUCACGUGACAGGUCUUUACCCCCACCACCGCAGUCUGUCAGGCUGUCCGCACAAGGACAGGAUCCCCCCGGAGAUUCUGGCCAUGCAUGAGAAUGUGCUGAAGUGUCCAACGCCCGGCUGCACCGGUCAGGGCCACGUUAACAGCAACCGUAACACGCACCGCAGUCUUUCUGGAUGCCCCAUUGCUGCUGCAGACAAGCUGUCCAAGGGCCACGAUAAGCAGCAUCUCUCUCAGCCCGGCAGCGAGCACCUCAAAGGAAGUCCCAACGACAGAGUGUUAAGUGGUCAGACAAAGCAAAGAGGAUUAAAACAUAAUAAGGCUUGCUUUGUUUUUCCUCCUCCUCUCUCAAAAAUGGCCAGUGGUCACAUCACAGGAAACUAUGCGUCCCAUCGCAGUCUGUCUGGGUGUCCUCUCGCUGAUAAGAGCCUUCGGUCCCUCAUGGCGGCCCACACCCCUGAACUCAAAUGCCCCACCCCAGGAUGUGACGGCUCAGGUCACAUCACAGGAAACUACUCCUCCCACAGAAGUAUCUCUGGGUGCCCGCGUGCCAAGAAAAGUGGAAUUAAAACUCCUACCAAGGACAACCAGGAGGACUCCGAGCUUUUAAAAUGCCCAGUGCCGGGCUGCGACAGUUUGGGUCACAUCAGUGGGAAGUACGCCACACACCGUAGCGCCUACGGGUGUCCGCUAGCGGCCCGCAGACAGAAGGAGGGGCUCCUGAAUGGCUCGCCCUUCAACUGGAAAGCCUUCAAGACAGAGGGGCCUACUUGUCCCACCGAAGGUUGUGACGGCUCCGGACAUGCUAACGGAAGCUUCCUCACACACCGCAGCCUCUCAGGAUGCCCCAGAGCCUUGUUUGCCAAGAAGAAAGCCAAGUUCCCCUCAGAGGAAUACCUGAGCACCAAGUUCAGAGCCAGUGAUGUUUUAGACAACGAUGAGGACAUCCAGCAGCUCAACAAAGAGAUUAACGACCUCAAUGAAUCCAACAAUGAAAUGGAGGCAGACAUGGUGAACCUGCAGACUCAGAUCUCCUCCAUGGAGAUGAACCUGAAGAGCAUUGAGCACGAGAACAAGAUGAUCGAGGAGCAGAACGAGGCUCUGUUCAUGGAGCUGUCCGGUCUCAGCCGCGCCCUGAUCCGCAGCCUGGCUAAUAUACGCCUGCCACACAUGCAGGAGCCAAUCACGGAGCAGAACUUCGACAGCUAUGUGAGCACCCUGACCGACAUGUACACCAACAAGGACUGCUUCCAGAGCCCCGAGAACAAAGCUCUGCUGGAGAGCAUCAACAAAGCUGUGAAAGGCAUCAAAGUGUGAGGCUCGACACAGAGCGCAGACUGUCCUGAAGCGCAGGAGCGUGACGGAGGUGGAGAUGGAGCGACGGGGGAGAUGAAGGAGAGAUGUUGAAAUACUCCACAAUAUAUUGAAAUAUGAUUCAAAAACAAAAAGGGAAUUCAGGUUAUUUAAAUAAAACGGCAACUUUAAAAAAAAAAAAAAGAAAUCAACCCAGGGAGCACUCUGUUAGAAGAAAAGUGACGC